CUUUCCCGAAGACGGAACCAGGGAACUCUUCAAUUCACGGGAAGAGGUUGUUGAGCUGAUUUACGUCUCUGUAAAAUGGCAGAAGCCAGCAUUUCAGUGACUCAGGUCCAGUUCAGCUGUCCAGUUUGUCUGGAUAUACUGAAGGACCCAGUGACCAUUCCCUGUGGACACAGUUACUGUAUGAACUGUAUUACAGACUGCUGGAAUCUGGAGGAUCAGAAGGGAGUUUACAGCUGCCCUGAGUGCAGGCAGACAUUCACUCCAAGACCCAACGUAUGUAAAAAUGUGGUGUUUGCUGAAAUGGUAGAGAAAUUGAAGACAAAACUCCAUGCAGAUGUUCCUGCUCACUGCUACGCUGGACCUGGAGAUGUGGAGUGUGACAUUUGCUCUGGAACAAAAUACAAAGCCAUCAAGUCCUGUUUAGUGUGUCUCAACUCCUACUGUCAAAAUCACCUUGAACAACAUGAUAAUUUUUUUAAAGGUAAGAAGCACAACUUGAUGGGUGCCACUGGCAGACUACAGGAGGUGAUCUGCCGUAAACAUGAUAAACUUUUGGACAUCUACUGUCGUACUGACCAGCAGUGCAUUUGUUACCUGUGUGGAAUUAAUGAACACAAAAACCAUGACACUGUAACAGCUGUAGAAGAGAAGCAGGAACAGCUGAGAAAGACACAGACUGAGUUCAAAAAGAGAAUCCAGCAGAAAGAGAGAGAGGUUCAGGAGCUAAGAGAGACUGUAAAGUCACACAAGCGCUCUGCACUGGCAUCGGUGGUGGACAGUGAGAAGAUCUUUACUGAGCUGAUCCACUUCAUUGAGACAAGACGCUCUGAGUUCACACAGCUGAUCAGAGAUCAGGAAAAAGCUGCAGUGAGUCAAGCUGAAGGAAUCUUGAAGCGACUAGAGCAAGAGAUUGAUGAUCUGAGGAGGAGAGAUGCUGAGCUAGAGCAGCUUUCACACACAGACAAUCACAGCAAUUUCCUCCAGAGUUUCCAGUCUUUCUCUGUUUCUCCUGAAUAUACAGAAGAACCCAUCACUUCCUCCUCCCCAAAUUUCUAUGAUGAUGUGGCAAAAUCUGCCUCCCUUCUUAGAGAGAAACUUGAAGAUUUCUGUAAACGGGAGAUAGAAAUGAUAUUGGGUAGAGUGACAUUCAUCCAGAUUAUUCCCACCCCAGAACCCAAGACCAGGAAAGAAUUCUUACAAUAUUUCUGUCAGCUCACUCUGGAUCCAAACACAGUGAAUAAACGCCUUCAUCUGUCUGAAGAAAACAAAAUGGCUGUUGAUAUUGGUACAGUCCAGCAGUAUCCUGAUCAUCCAGACAGAUUUGAUAAUUAUCUUCAGGUGUUGUGUAAAGAGAGUGUGUGUGGACGCUGCUACUGGGAAUUGGAGUGGAGUGGUCGUGGUGUCGCUUUGUCAGUGUCAUAUAAGAGUAUUAGUAGGAAGGGAAAAUAUGAUGAGUGUGUGUUCGGAUUUAAUCGGCAGUCCUGGAGUUUGUUCUAUGGUCUGUCCACUUGCUCAUUUUAUUAUGAUAAGAAACCAACUAAACUCUCUGUACCAACCAGCUGCUGUAGAAUAGGAGUGUAUGUGGAUCACAGUGCAGGAACUCUGUCUUUUUACAGAGUCUCUGACACAAUGACCCUCAUCCACAGAGUCCAGACCACAUUCACUCAGCCCCUCUAUCCUGGGUUUUUACUUUCUUUCGGAUCAACUGUAAAAUUGCGCUUGUGAAAAAUGUACUUGUAAGAAGAGUGCUUACUAUAAAAUAAUGCAUACUUUCAAAAUUGAAAUAUCUUACUGUACAUACUUAACCCUGUAAAGCCUGACAUAUGAAAUAAUACUCCAAAAUCUAUAUAUUUUAAAUGAAACAGUUUAUUGAACCUUUAGUCAAAAUCUAAAGAAAAAGUCUAUAACAAAUGCAUAUGUUUUGAGCAUCAUAUUUGAUACAUCAGGUUUUUAUGGCUUAUAUAGUACGAUACAGGAGAAUAUGGAUCUUAUACUCAAGUAGAAAAAAGGCCUAAACUGGGUAAAACAGUAACAAUAACAGUAUAGGUGACUACUUACAUAAAAUGCAUAUGAAUAUCAGUUGUCACUUUUAAAAGGCCUAUUACUUGCUAAAAAGUAUAAACUAUCAAUCAGAGAAAAGAAGGCAUGUAGUAGAUUGUUUAGAUAUUUUUCAGCAAAGUUUUGAUCAGUUUUGAGGCCUUAAAAAAUUGGGUAACACUUUAUUUUAGGGUCUUUUAACUAGUUGCUUAUUAGCAUGCAUAUUACUAGAAUAUUGGCUAUUUAUUAGUACUUAUUAAGCACAUAUUAUUGCUUUAUUCUGCAUUACCGACAUUCUUAAUCCUACCCAAUACCUAAACUUAACAACUACAUUAGUAACUAUUAAUAAGCAGUAAAUUAGGAGUUUAUUGAGGGAAACGUCAUAUAGUUAAUAGUUAAUAGUUGUUCCCUAUACUAAAGUGUUACCAAAAUUUGUGUAUCAAAUAUGAUUCAGAAGGCUUUAUAGUGUUAAGUAUGUACUCAGCGACUUAUUGCAUGCAACUUCAUUGUACAUUAUGUAAGUGAUAUGGAAUUACUAGUAAAAUUGGACUUAAAUGCAACAAUUUCAACUUUUGAGGGCUUUUUGACACUUUAGUAGCUCUUAAGCAAAGCUAAUGCACCUUAAAUAUAUACUUAGUGUAGUAUGUACUGACAGCAGAACAUGAUUUCACCAUGUGCAACAUGUUCCUGGAUCAAAAUCUUUGUAGAUCCUGGAACAACAUCCCAAUCAACCAAUCAGAUUUGAGGGACAAGUUUACAGUUUAUGUCAAGUUUAGGCUUACAAUCAGGGCUAGGUGCUUCUACAUCACUGUUAUUCACCUAUCAUUUCCCUUUGAUUUUAAGGAUAAGUUAUGGGUAUAGUUAGGCUUAGGGGUAGGGAUAGGACUACAUUUUCAGACAAGAAUGUUGAUCUAGAAACGCAUUUUAGUGCAACCAUACAAUUCUGAAACUUAAAAUGUAUUUUUAUUAUAAUCUUGAAUAUGUGUGCACAUAUUAUUCAGUUAUUUGCAACUGUACAUUUGGCAUUACAUUUUAAUGUCAUUAUACAUCAGUACUUAUAUAUUUGUUGUAUUUUAAGCAUAACCAAGAAUGAAAAAAGUAAAAUAUCAAUAUCUAGUAAUACACUAAAUACUACUAUUAAUACUCUUCACAUUAGCCAUGAGGAUAUCACAAUAAUUGGCUGAAAAACUAUAAAAACAAAUAAAUAAAUGGUUCAGUGGAUUUGAUAAAUCAGGUCUGAAACUGACAAAUAAAUUUAGAAGUGCAUGCAGUUUGAUAUAGAUUCAUAUAUUGGGCCAAUAUGUUGUGCAUAAUAUGCUUUAUGUGUUUAUUUAAAAAAGAACAAAAUCAGGAAUAAGUUCUUUUAAAUUUAAUUUACAUAUAUAUAGGUCUGCAGUAUAUACAAAAGUAGACGUAUGCUGUUUAUAAAACUAAAAUUAUGAUCAAGGAUUAUUUAAUAAUCUCUCAUUGAGAGGAGGAAUAAAAGUAUAACUCUGUACUAUUUGGUAAAAAGUUGAAAUCUUACGACAAGAUGAGGAAUUCCAACCAUGUUGUUUUUAACACACAUUUACACUCAAUAGGGUCUAUUGAACCUCAGAAACAUCUCAGAUUUGAUCAUACAUCUACAAUAUCCUGCAAAGAACAUCUCCAAAAUAGCUUCUCCUCCACCUAUACAAAUCUCCUAACUGUUUUCUUGGGCUUUUCAUGGAAAUCGUUGUGUUUCAUUUUGUUUUGUUGUACUGUAUAUUGUCUGCUUUUCAUUAAUUUGAUCAUGGCUGCUUUCCCAACUGGCGUACUUUUACAUGUCAAAAUAAUGUACUGCAUUGUUAAUAGUAAAUAUCAAAAGCCAGUAUUCCAUUAAUAUUAUUCCAACCAAGAUGCACAGAGUGUGAUCCAGGCACCUUUGAUAUACUAUUUUGAUUUCAGAUGCACAAAUUCUUAUCUGACAUACUCUAUAGAAGCAACUAGGCCCAAAAUCUGUUUUGCUUCCUCAUAUGUGACGGAUCUAUUUAGGAUAUCAGUGUGAUAACUUUGAAUAUGACAUUUUUAAUUCGAGUCAUAUUGUAUAUGGAAAUAAAUGUGAUAGGUAUCAUCAGAUUCUUUGUAAUGUGACUUUACUGUAAUCAGGCAGUAUGGAAUUCAAGUGAUUAAACGUCAUCUAACUCAGCAUUAA